AUGCCCAAGUAUGCACCAGCACCAAAAUUAAACAUUCCCUCCAAUGAUCCCUGUAGCAGUAUGCCCAAGUAUGCACCAGCACCAAAAUUAAACAUUCCAUCCAAUGAUCUUUGUAGCAGUAUGCCCAAGUAUGCACCAGCACCAAAAUUAAACAUUCCCUCCAAUGAUCCCUAUAGCAGUAUGCCCAAGUAUGCACCAGCACCAAAAUUAAACAUUCCAUCCAAUGAUCCCUGUAGCAGUAUGCCCAAGUAUGCACCAGCACCAAAAUUAAACAUUGCCUCCAAUGAUCCCUGUAGCAGUAUGCCCAAGUAUGCACCAGCACCAAAAUUAAACAUUCCAUCCAAUGAUCCCUGUAGCAGUAUGCCCAAGUAUGCACCAGCAGCAAAAUUAAACAUUCCCUCCAAUGAUCCCUGUAGCAGUAUGCCCAAGUAUGCACCAGCACCAAAAUUAAACAUUAAAUCCAAUGAUCCCUGUAGCAGUAUGCCCAAGUAUGCACCAGCACCAAAAUUAAACAUUCCCUCCAAUGAUCCCUGUAGCAGUAUGCCCAAGUAUGCACCAGCACCAAAAUUAAACAUUCCCUCCAAUGAUCCCUGUCGCAGUAUGCCCAAGUAUGCACCAGCACCAAAAUUAAACAUUCCCUCCAAUGAUCCCUGUAGCAGUAUGCCCAAGUAUGCACCAGCACCAAAAUUAAACAUUCCCUCCAAUGAUCUCUGUAGCAGUAUGCCCAAGUAUGCACCAGCACCAAAAUUAAACAUUAAAUCCAAUGAUCCCUGUCGCAGUAUGCCCAAGUAUGCACCAGCACCAAAAUUAAACAUUCACUCCAAUGAUCCCUGUAGCAGUAUGCCCAAGUAUGCACCAGCACCAAAAUUAAACAUUAAAUCCAAUGAUCCCUGUCGCAGUAUGCCCAAGUAUGCACCAGCACCAAAAUUAAACAUUCCCUCCAAUGAUCCCUAG